AUGAACGACAACGUCGAGAACGGAAUCAUCACCCAUAUAUAUAUGGAGAAUUUUGUAACUUAUGACAAAGCGACAGUGACCCCUGGAAGAUAUCUCAAUGUUAUCAUUGGACCUAAUGGUUCCGGCAAGUCCACCGUCGUCGCCGCUAUAGUUCUCGGUCUAGGAGGCAAGCCGAGUAUCAUUGGGCGGGCCCUUCACAUAGGAGAAUACGUGAAGUAUGGGCGUGAUACAGCAAAAAUAGAAAUUCAUCUAAAAAACAACUCCAAACGAGAUUCUAUAGUGACUAGAACAUUUACCAAGGAUGGAAAGUCGACGUGGAUGAUUAAUAGCACUCCGACAAGUGCAAAAAGUGUACAGGAAUUCACGGCCAAGCUUAAUAUUCAGGUUGACAAUCUUUGUCAGUUUUUGCCACAAGAUAAGGUACAAGAUUUUUCAAAAAUGGAUGCUCAAGCAUUGUUAGAAAAUACAGAAAGAUCUGUCGGAGAUCCAAAGCUUCUUGAGUAUCAUCUACAAUUGAAAGAACAAAGAGCCAAUUUCAAGAAACUAGAGGUCGAUGUAGGCAAAACAAAAAAGUUAUUGGAAUCCAAAACUCAGAGGCGUGAUGGGCUACAACAAACUGUUGCGACGAUAAAAGAGAAAAAAAUGAUGAAGAAUAAGAUUCUGGCGUUGCAACAAAAAAAGGCAUGGAUGCUCUACGAUCACAUGCGAAGGAAAUUAGUGGAGUCAAAGAAAACCAGAGAUACAGCAGUAAAAGAAAUGCAAGCAAUAGACGCAGACCUAAAACCGUUAAAUGAGAAGAUUGAGAAAUUGAAGUCGGAUAUGACAACGUUAAAAGCUUCUUUAAAAAAUCACAACAAUAAAGUUCAGGCUAAGAAUACGAAAUUAAGAAACAUUAUGAAUGAUAUUCUUAGCUGUGAAAACAAGAUCAAGGAAGCUGAGAAUAUUUGUUCUCGAAACAUCCAAGCGGAACAAACUCGAGAUCAAGACAUUAAGCUUGCGCAACAGCAGAAAUCCAAGCUUGAGAACGACUUCUCUCUCAUGAUUGAAGAGAUUGGGUCAGAGGAAAGUUUAACGACGCAAUUGCAAAAUAUAGCAACUAAUAUGGAGGAGCAUAGAAAAAAAGUUAAUAAGCUUACCAGUAAAAGAGACACAUCAAAGCACGAAGACGAUAACAUUAGCCGUGACAUUAGAGCUGUUCAAGCGGAACUCAAGAAUUUUGAUAUUGAUGUGAAACGAUUGGAACUGUUGAAACAAAGAGAUAUGAAUGCAUAUAAAGCUGUGCUUUGGUUAAAAGAGAAUAAAAACAAGUUUUCAGCGACAGUGCAUCAGCCCAUGUUGCUCAAUAUUAACGUAAAAGAUGCUUCAUUUGCCAAAUAUUUAGAAAACAUUAUAUCGUUUCGGGAUUUAGUUGCAUUCACAUGCGAGGACAAAAAGGAUAUGAAUCUACUACUGAAGUAUUUGAGGGACCAACAGAAACUGCAAGUCAAUGUGGUACACUCUGAUCCGAUGAAAAGAAUCUCAAUGCAACCGAAUAUACCGAUGGAGAACAUUAAGAAGUUUGGCUUUAAGUAUUAUUUAACAGAGCUUAUUGAAGUACCACCAUCCAUAAUGAACUAUCUAGUCUCGAUGUACCACUUAAACAAUAUUCCUGUCGGGACUAAUGAGAUCGAAAAUAAUACAAAUUAUAUACCUCAUAGUUUACACUGUUAUUUUAGUGAAAAUAAUAUAUACUCUGUGAGCAUAUCUAAAUAUACGCGCGAAGUAUCGACCAGAAUAUCACGGGUCAAUGGAAAUGGAAUGCUAUCUAUUGUUCUGGAUAAGGCUAAAUUACAAGAUCUUCAAGAACGAUUACAAAAGUUGCAAGAAAUGAAGAGUCAAAAACUGAAUCAUAUUAAAGAGAUAGAAGAUGAAAUAAGUGAGGAAACUAAAGCAUUAGAGGAGUAUAGAAUCAAAAGGAAUAAAUAUCAGCAAAAUAUUCAGCAUAUUCAAGCAUUAAAAAGUAGAAUACACAUGGCUGAAAACAAAAUUAAGCAGAUGGAAAUGGCCCGGACGAGUAUUGAAAAUAUUAAAGCAACAUGCACCAAAGAGAUUAAGGCUAUUCGAAAGAAACAAUUGCAAAAGUAUAAGGAAUGUAAUGCAGUUCUGCGAGAGUGUUUCGAUUGCAAUACAAGUAAUGUAGACCUCAAAUUUGCAAUAGCAUUAUUGCAGCAAACUUUAAUGACCAAAGAGAAUGAUGCUGCAGAAUUAAAGGAUAAAUUCACAAAAGCAGAGAGAACAUUUAAGCAAUGUGAUGAAGAAUAUCAACCCUUAAGGAGAGAAGGUGAAAGACUAUAUAAGGAAGCAUUGGCAACCACAAAAAAUCUUAAUCCACAAAAUAAGGAGUUUAAAGUUUACAAUAAAGCCUUUGAAAAAUUACCAGUCACCAUAGCUGAAAUAAAUAACGAAUUAAAUACCGCUCAAGCAAAAGUUUUUUGUAUGGCGAAAAAUGUGGACACCGAGAAUAUACUUCGUGAAUAUGAAGAUAUACAAGAAAAUAUUCACGCUUUAACUGAAUUUAUUAAAAAAAAGACUGUUGUACUAGAGAAAAUGACGGCAGAGAUUGAAAACUUAAAGGAAAAAUGGUUAUAUCCAUUGGAGCAACUGGUUGAAAAGAUAAACUCAAACUUUAGUUCUUACUUUUUCGCGAUGGACUGUGCUGGCGAAGUUACACUCUCGCAUGGUGAAAAUAACCUCGAUUUUGACCAAUAUGGUCUAAAGAUCAAGGUAAAAUUCCGUGAUGCAGACGAAUUGCAAGAAUUAACAAGGCAUUUUCAGAGCGGUGGCGAAAGAACGGUGACUACUGCUAUUUACAUGAUAGCCCUGCAAGAAUUAUCGCGUGUGCCAUUUCGCUGUGUGGAUGAAAUUAAUCAGGGCAUGGAUGCAGUGAACGAAAAACGAGUCUUCGAUUUACUUGUAAAAAUGACAGGAAGGCCAGGCAGCUCCCAAUAUUUUUUGCUCACGCCGAAACUUCUACCUGGAUUAUCGUACGCUGAGACAGUGACAGUCCAUUGCGUCUUUAACGGAUCAGUUAAAGCGGAUGAUGAAGAAUUUGAAUUCAAUGUAGAGGAUUACUGCAACUUUCUUGAAUCGUCAGCUGAUUAAUAGACGAAAAAGAUGUUCGCGUGACUAUUUCUUCCUCUUUCCUUUCUUCUUCUGAGCCUCUGGCCAUGGGAAACCUCGGCACUUUAGCACAUCCAUG